CAAUCGGCUGUUAUAUUUUGUGCAAAAGUUAAUUUAUAUAAUUGACUAUGACCGCUUAACAAUACCGAAAUUGAAGCUGUGAAAGCCUGGAAUUGGCUUUAAACGUGCCCGUAAAUUUUUGCUAUAAAUAAAGUUACAAAUAAAUCUUUUGUAUAAUUCAUAUUUAUAUUGACAAAAGAAAUACAUUUAAAAUGAAUAUUCGUUGUGCUACUCCGAACGAUCUUAUGAAUAUGCAGCAUUGCAAUUUGUUAUGUCUGCCGGAAAACUACCAAAUGAAGUAUUAUUUUUAUCACGGUUUAUCGUGGCCGCAGUUGUCAUACGUUGCUGAGGAUGAAAAAGGUAAAAUUGUUGGUUAUGUCCUCGCAAAAAUGGAAGAAGAUUCUGAUGAUGAUCCACACGGACACAUUACUUCACUUGCUGUGAAACGAUCACAUAGGCGCCUGGGUCUUGCUCAAAAGUUAAUGGAUCAGUCUUCGAGGGCUAUGGUCGAAUGCUUUAAUGCUAAAUAUGUUUCUUUGCAUGUUCGGAAAAGCAACAGAGCUGCCCUGCAUCUGUAUACCAACACUCUGAAAUUUCAAAUUAGUGAAAUAGAACCGAAAUACUAUGCUGAUGGUGAAGAUGCCUAUGCAAUGAAAAGAGACUUGACUAGCUUUCAAGCGAAAUCCUCAGAUAAAGAAUCAAAGUCCUAGUAUGAAAUGUAACUUUUAAAAAACUGAUUUACUUGAAGGAUUGCAUUAAUCAUUUAAAAUGUAAACAUGCUAUUGCAGUGUUUUAAAACCUUUAUCUGUGCUGGAAUCUUACUUUUGUUUGUCAAAAAUAAAUCCUGCUGCAUCAUGAG